CGGGAGACUCUCUCCGGGCGCGGGGCCACGUGGAAGCCCCAAGCAGCGCAGGCUUUUGUGUGCGGGUGUGUGUUUUCGCUUCCCCUAACUUUUGCGGGAAGCGCCCAAGUGGGCGGGAACGAGGGGCUGAGUCGCAAAACCCCCUUUGGAGGUUGCUUCUUCUCUGCCAGAAAGGCGCAGCGGCGGGCGAAAUCGCUCCGGGUGGCCCCCGUUUACCGCCUACCCGAUUUGGUCUCGAAAAGCUUUGAAGAGAUUUCGGAGAGGGAGGAGCAAAGAGACCCAGCGCCUGAUUUCCCUUUUUCUUUCUCUCCCCCUCCCCUCGCCUUCGUCGGGACCCAGAUUUAUUUAUUUAUUUAUUUGCCCGUCGAAACGAAGGUUGGUGGGACGAGGGUGAUGGAGCUUACCUCGUGAACUUUCCUACCAGCCCGGCGCUAGACGAGGACCAAAAGAAGGGAGGAAAAAGAAGAAUCUCGCCCCAGAGGAUGCUGACUGAAACCAAGAUGUUAUACGAGAUUCAGCUGUGGUGCUGUCAAUGGGGAAAAAAAUCACAUUUAUUUUUUCUGUUCAUACUCAGCCUUCUGUGCAUACAGAUUUCAGCUCAAGAGUGCUCAGAGUGUCGUAUGGUGCUGUCCAAUCCCACAGGAAUUUUUACCUCUCCUUGCUUCCCUAAUAAUUAUCCCAACAAUCAAGCAUGCAAGUGGACCAUCAGGGCUCCUUCUGGAUACAUCAUUCAGACGACAUUUGUUGAUUUUGAUAUGGAAGAAGCUUCUGGUUGCAAAUACGAUCAUGUGUCUUUGGACACUGGAGACAAAAAAGAUUCCUAUUUUGGUAUGACUGCCAAAGGUUUAUCAUUUAACUCGUCUAGGAAUGAAAAUGUAUCUUUUACAAGUGACUUUAGCACAAAAAAAGGCUUCAGUGCCACUUAUACUCGAAUUGCUGUAUCUUUGAAGAAUCAAAAGGUUGUCAUUCCGCAAUUUUUAGAUUCUGAGUCUGUGUCUUUGGCAAAUUCUAUCCACGUCCCAGAACUUAAUCAGUUUACCCUAUGCUUUGAAGCAAGAGAAAACAACAGUAAUAACUAUGAAUGGAAGGCUUUCUCCUACGGUGAUUCAUCUGUGGAAUUCUUCAGUUUUGGCAAAACAGAAAAGGGGCACUUCAUUUUUAUCUCAGACUCACAGUGUUUUUUUAAACGAUGCUCUUGACAUUGGUCCAGGUGACAACAUUUUCACAGAAACAUUGAAGAGCUUUGCCUUGUGUGGGAUAGCUCAUCAGGCAUAGUAGGGAUAAAUAUUAAAGAGACAUAUAAAACAGUCCAUGCUUAGAUACUUAUGGAAAAGUGAUUCCGGGGUGAUGGAAAAUUGGUCCUGGGUUCUAACAGAGAAGACAUAAACCCUCUACCUGGAGAUAUGUACAACUUCCGGCUUUGGAAUUUUACAAUGAAUUCCCAAUCACUUUUCAAUCUCACCUGUGAUGACAAAGGUAACAUUAUUGACUGGGAAAAUGAUUUCUGGAGUAUUCCAACAACAUUUCUAAAAGCGGAGAACAACUUGAGUUGUGGUUCAUAUCUCGUCCUCUUGCCGACAGUUGAACCAACUAGCUGUGCCACUACAGGAAGCCUUUGCCGAGCUACUGUAAGUUCAACCACUCCAUCACCCACUGUUACCACUAACAUGCCUGAUACUAACAGAACCGAUAAAAUAAUGGAUGGUAGAUUAUACUACAGAAUUGACUUUACCGUAUACAGAAUUAAAGAAGAUGCAGAGCCAAACAUUCAGAAUGUAAUUAGAGAAUGGUUAAUUCAGACCAUGGGGACCUGGAAUUAUAAUGUAUGUGUGGUUGAUGUAAGUGUUGAACCAAGUUCAACAAAAAAUGCAGCAAGAGGAAAGAGAAGUGUUAAUCAAAGUUUUGAAGUCCGUGCUCUUUUAGCUUUCAAUUCUACCAACAAUGUAAGUUUAGAAGAACAAACAAUUAGAAAGAAACUUGAAAACAGUAAUAUCACAGAAAACUUGAAACUCCAUAAAGUGAUUGUUCAUUCAAUUGAAAAAUGUUUGGAGCAGGAACAGCCUAUGAAUUACAUUUGGAAAGAAACUGGACCAAGAGACACUGCCACCACUAGCUGCUAUGACAACCCUACCCAGAUUGCAUCACGAACAUGCUUUCUAAGCAUGAAUGAUUACACAUCUUACUGGGGUACUCCUGAUCUUAGAAACUGUACAGAAAAUGCUGCUGACAUAGCCAACCAGCUACUGAAUCUUACGGGAGAAGGGCAGCAGUUGACUUCAGACAAAGUCAAUGAUGUGAUCCAGAAACUAAAAAAAAUUGUAAAUGAUGAAGAAAUCAAUGAAUCCUUGGGUUCUACUGUGAUCACAAUAUUUUCUAAUAUUUUAACUAGUUCUGAUAAUGUAUUGGCUGCAUCAUCUUCUGAAGCUAUAAAGACAAUUGAUGCCUUGGCAUUGAAGAUUCAGUUUAUAGGUCCUUCCAUGAGCAUCUCAACCCGAAACUUGGCGCUUGGAGUUUCAUCCUUGAAUUCUUCUUUAUUCAAUGGCUCUUCCUUCAGUGUUGGACCUCAGAACAAUGCUUCAGAUUUUCAGAUUGAUUUUGGUAAAAACCAAGAAAAUUCUCUUGCUACUAUUUCUUUGCCUCCAAGUUUGCUAAAUAAUUUAAAUCAAGAAGACCUUGAAGCAAUAUCCAGGGCUCAAUUCACCUUUUUCAAUAAAAAUGGACUUUUCCAGGAUGCAGAAGCUCCUUCCAAUUUAACCAGUUACGUGGUAGCUUGCAGUGUGGGGAACACUACUAUCCGUGAUCUCAAGGAGGCUGUGAAAAUUACAAUCAAGCAUGCAUUCAAACAUGACAACAUCCAGAAGGCUCCUAAUACCACUUGUGUUUUUUGGGAUAUGAACAAGAACAGAGGCCAAGGUGGAUGGAAUACAACAGGCUGCUAUGCACUUCCCGAGUCAAAUGAAAAUGAGACUGUCUGUCUCUGCAAUCAUCUUACACAUUUUGGCAUAUUGAUGGAUUUGCCAAGAACAGCUUCACAAAUAGAUUCUGGAAAUACCAAAGUCCUUACUUUCAUAACAUAUAUUGGUUGUGGUAUAUCAGCCAUAUUUUCUGCUGCAACCCUUCUGACAUAUAUCACUUUUGAAAAGCUGCGAAGAGAUUAUCCUUCUAAAAUCCUAAUGAAUUUGAGCACAGCUUUGCUGGGCCUAAAUCUGGUCUUUCUCCUGGAUGGUUGGAUUGCAUCCUUUGACAUAGAAGGCCUCUGCAUAGCUAUUGCUGCUCUCCUGCACUACUUUCUUCUGGCAACUUUCACCUGGAUGGCCCUUGAAGCUGUUCAUAUGUAUAUAGCUUUAGUAAAAGUGUUCAACACUUAUAUUCGCCGAUACAUAUUAAAAUUUUGUGUCAUUGGUUGGGGUUUUCCAGCAUUGGUGGUAAUUAUUAUUCUAGCAAGCACCCAUGCCAAUACAAAUAAUAUUUACAGCAAUGUUUUGAAUGACAAAAAUAAUAAGGAACAAGGUGGAGAUGAUUUCUGUUGGAUUAAAAGCACCAUUGUAUUUUACGUGACUUGUGUUGGCUACUUUGGAAUCAUGUUCCUUAUGAACAUUGCCAUGUUUGUUGUGGUGAUGAUGCAAAUAUGUGGACGAAAUGGGAAACGGACCAAUAGAACUAUGCGGGAAGAGAUCCUGAGGAACCUUCGUAGUGUUAUUAGCCUGACUUUCCUCCUAGGCAUGACGUGGGGUUUUGCUUUUUUUGCCUGGGGACCACUAUAUCUUCCUUUUGUGUAUCUCUUCUGUAUUUCCAACUCAUUGCAAGGUUUAUUUAUAUUUAUAUUCCACUGUGCAAUGAAAGAAAAUGUACAAAAGCAAUGGAGAAGGCAUCUUUGUUGUGGACGAUUCAGGCUGGCGGAUAACUCAGACUGGAGUAAAACAGCAACUAAUAUAAUAAAGAAGAGUUCAGACAAUCUGGGGAAAUCCUUAUCUUCCAGUUCUAUUGGUUCUAAUUCAACAUAUCUGACUUCCAAAUCCAAAUCCACAUCCAACACCUACCAUAAGAGGAACAGCCAUUCUGACAAUGUUUUUCUUGACAAGCCUUCAACAAAAUACAUCCAAGUGGACAUGGAACAGACGUCAAUCAUCCCAGUUCACCAAGUCAUUGACAAAGUGAAAGUUUACUACAAUACUCAAUCAGACAAUUUCUAUAGAAAUAUGAUCAUGUCAGAUUCGCUGAGCCAUAGUACAAAAUUCUGAAUAUCUGGGUUUCUGGAAGAAGACAAGUCAACAAACAGCAUAAAGAUUAUUAAGUGUUGAACUUGUGGGACUGGCUGAAGAUAUAAAUUCUAUCUAAGUGUUGUGCUUUAUCCAGUUAUAUAAGCUGUUCAGCUACCUAUAUUUGGCGAAACAGAACAUCUAAUUAAUUCUCUCCACUGAUCCAGCAUUGAUGCUGGCACUCUUUUAUCAACAGUUCUCAAGCAUCUACACAGUGACAUGUUUAUUAAUCCCAUUUAUAAUCAUGCAAAAUUAAGAAUACUGAAACGCCCAAAACUAAAGCUUGUAACUUCCAAAGACAUUUCCAGAGCAUGCUGUUAAGAUGUGAUAUGUGUGUGUGUGCGCGGCACACAUGUAGCCUUACACAGAGAGAGCUAUACAAUUGUGCAUGUCUGUAAGUAUAAAUGGAUCCCCUUGUUUAAUAUAAUCAAAUCUUCUAUGAAAAAAGAGAUGAUAGCAUAUUCUGCUUGUGGCACAAGCAGAGGUCUGCUUGUGCAAUGCUAGAGAGGUCAUUUGAAACUUUUUCUACACAGACAAGACAAAGAAAAACUAUUUUUUUAGAGAAUUUAUACUUCUUUGUGCCUGAUUUAAAGAAACCAAAAGUGCUUCAAAGAUUAUCUUAACUCUUAACUCUUGCUUGCAAACUCUGGGCCAUAUUUAUUAUUUUAUUAUUUUUUAAUGGCAGAAGUAUUGAAGUGUGCAUCUUUGAUUUUGGAAGAGCUUAAUGAAGUGUUUUAUGUUAACUUGAAAGUUUGCCUGGUUAUAGACCAAAAGAAACUGAGCUGUUGAAUAUGUCACGGUUGCUAUGCAUCUUCAUCAUGAUCAAAGAAUAGAAAUUCUGAAUCAGUCCAAUAUUAUAUAUAAACUUUCAUCAGUUUUUUCCUAAUUUGCUUUAUUUUUACAUCCUUAUUUAUGUGGAAUUCCAGGCUGAAGCAUGUUUUCCAUUUAUUUAUGUCUUAAGAGCAAUGUUUAUUAACCUGUACAAAUCAAGUUACUGCCAAUUCUUACACCUUUUCACCCAGAUAGACCUUUUCCAAGAUAUGUAUUGACAAAUACUUAACAAGAAAUCUUUAUCAUUUCAGAUAUACACAGCUGCUGAAACAAUUGAGAUUUUCACACGUAAGCAUAGCGAUCUUGCCAUCUAUUCUUCCCUUCAUACAGUAUUUUAAAUUACAGAUUAUAUUAUUACAUUCUCUGUAGCACAUAUACUUAGAUUUACUAAAGUCAGUACACCUCAUCUCUAAAGGAGAAUGUUGUUAUGUUCAUUGUUUACAAAUAUAAUACAAAUUCUCUUUGGAUGAAAUUAGUUAAGGACUCCAAAUAGUUUUUAAAAAUUAUAUGCUAAAUAUAAAACAAUAUUUGUCACUUGCUCAAUUCUUUAAUAACUCUUUCUGUGUGCUACUUUAUUUAAUCUCCCAGUAAUAUAUAGCAUAAUCUCCAGUAUGUCUUAGAAGUAAUUCCAACUGAAUACAAGGAGGUUUAUUUUAAGGAAAAUUUGUACAGAAUUGCAAAUUUGUCCAGUGACUGACAGGUGAUCAUAGGAUUUCCCCCUCUUUCUAUGGCAAUAAUCUCUGCAUGCUUAUUUUCAAAAUACAUUUCAACUCCAUCUGUUUUAUAGCUGUUUAAGAACUACAAUUUAUUAAUUUUCACCAUCAGAAUUGUCAAAUUAAGUUGCCCCGUAGCACCAAAGUUCUUUGGCUUCAAAUUAUUUAAUUUGUUUUAUAAUCCCUAAAAGGAAUUAUUUGUCAUGGGUUAAGGAUUUAAUUUAAUAUGAGUGAAUGAUUCCUUAUGACAUCAAAUUAUACCAGAAUUUGAUGGGAUCAAAUAGCUUUACUGAAGAGAAUGUUUUGUUCUUAUGUGCCUUCUAAAAGAUUAGUUUAUAUCUCUUAAUAAAUUUCAGAAAGUAGCUUAUGUAACAUUUCUUCUGGAUAAAAAUAU